GCCGUAAACUUUGUUGUCAUUCUACCGCCCGCGGUCGGGGUAUGCGCACGCACGUUGCCGCAUUCGCUCGUUUCCAGCAAAUCCAUAAUUAUUCUGUAAACAUUGACGAUACUCUUCAGACAUUCAACAAGCUUCUUCAAAGUUUCUUAAGCAGCGGGCCAAUUUUGCCGACAAGUUUUGUAUAGAAUUUUAAACAUGCUCCAUGAGUUGACAUCUAUUUAACGGACUGUUUCUAAUAAAUGCGGUUGUUUUACGAGAGUCGUGCGGGUUUCGUGAAUGUGCAGUGCGAUCAUAAAAAAGUUGUGAGUUUUAUGUGAACGGAUUAAGAUUUAGAACGGCCUUCAACUGAUGUAAAUUUUUACGAACGUUAAAUUGUGAUAUCGAAAAUAUCGGUGUGAGCGGUCGUGCCUACGCGAUGAAAUGGGAUUACGGAAUUUGGAUUGUGUAAACCGUUUCACCGUUUGGGAAGCAGCAGAAGUUUUUAUUUUUGACGUAACCCGUGUUAAUCUUGUCCUUGACUAGAAAUAAACCUACACAUGCGUGGACGAGUAAUAUUUAAUAUUACAAGAUGAUGUGGCCUUCGUCUCAAGCUAGUAAAAUUCUAUCAGUUUUACUCUUACUAGUCGUCGUUUACUGUCUUUUUAUGGACGCGCUUCUGUACUUACGGAUACAAAAAUAUGGGUUGGACCAGUUUGAACAAUUUGAAAAUGCUACUCAAGACUCCUCGACAUCGAAGAGUAUUUUUAGGAAUUAUGAAGACGAAGUCUGGAUCCCAUGUAGUAUUAAUCCCUUAUGUCACCCGACCGUGAAGGCCCUCAUGGUCGAUCACAUAAAUCACUACAUUUAUGGACCGCUGUGCUCGAUUCUGGACAUAGCUUUAGGAAUAUCUGAUAGACUCAUAUUUUUGACACCGAACAUGAUAUCUUUCACCCAUGUUGUUAUCUCUAUCAUUGGAGCCAACCUUUUAACUUGUCAAAAUUUAGCUGCUCGGCGUAUGGGAAUAAUAUUGUUUCAAAUAAGAAUGUUUUUAGAUGACCUCGACGGUCACGUGGCUAGGGAAAGAAAGCACAUUAAAGGGGAGAGAUCGGAAGUCGGGACAUUGGGGUAUUGGGUCGACGGUAUUUGUGAUUUAUUAGGGGUAAUAUGUAUGAUGGUGGGGAUCAUGUUGUAUCUUAAGAACAAUCCCCCGAGACGUGGCUACAAAGGCACUCCAGUGAGCACUUUACCUUAUCAUCAAUUAAAGGAAAUUAACUCGUGUGAAGAUAUCGAGAAAGAUCACACGACUGAUAUAGGAAUUUCAUACAAAACUAAAGUGUCCUUCCAGAGAAUUGUUCAGGUGAUGGGUCUAUUUUCCGGGCAGAUGCUCUUGUCUUCCCUAGCUUGGAAUAGAUACAUUGAUUUAUAUCAAAAUCUCUUGGAAAAUUGUUUAGAAUACGAUAUCGUUAGGCGAAUAACAGCCUUCAAAUCUACAAAGUUCUAUGUGGCGACGGGUAUGUGGCGGAUUGUCAACCCGCACAGUUAUCUUCAUUUGCUCUCAUUAGCAGUGUUUUGUGAUAAAACGUGGGGUUUCUUGAAAGCUGUCCACUACAGUGGUUACAUUGGUUUAGUUAUUGCUGCUGCGGCUUCAGAGCAUUUUGUCGAAAAUAUAAGAUAUUUUGUCGUUAAUGGGUUAGAUGUAUGAGAAAAAAAUAGGAAAAAAUAGUAACUAUUCAAGCGAACGUCCACGUGAGAAUAUCCGUCACUCGAUAAGGAUAAUUAGGAGCGUUGAUAGUUAACUAAUAUUUUUAUAUUAAUGUGUUGAAAAGCCACUUUAAUGACCUUGACAAGUUUAAUUCGGGUUAUAAUUAUAACAGUUUACCUCAAAUGUUUAACGCGAUUAAAAAUCAAUCAUUGAAUUUUUUUUGUUAUAGUUUGGCUUCAAAUCUGUAAUAUUUAUUACCUAAUGUUAUACCUGUAAUAUUUAGUACCUGAGCAGAAGUUGAAUUGUGACAAGUUAAAAGUUAUUUUAAAAAUGUGUCAUCAUCUCUAAGCGGAAUUAUAUUUUACCUAUGAAAAUUUACGUUCAAUUAUGUACUAUAUAUCACGUUUAAUUAUGUACUAUGUACUUUUAUAUACUUGAUGGCUUUCAUUCACCCGUACACCUUUUUUCUUCUCAUUUCGUGGAGGUAAUUAAAAAAAAAACGUUCCAGCGGCUAUUUUUAUCGCACUCUGUUUAUUUCGCGAAAUGCCUGUUUGAUCUUGUUUCAAAAAAGCUGUUUUAGCAAUAUUACUGAUUAGCUUUUUGUCAUCGCAUGUUAAAAACUCUUUCAUAAGGUGAAUAUUGUGAUAUUGUGAAGUAGGAAUCCAUUGUGCCAAAACAAUGGGAAGUUUACUACGCUAGAAUGUUGACUGAUUUUUGUAGAGGUAUCAGGUUUUUAUAUCCCGGUAUCCAAAACCGACUACCUGGCCUUAAUAAUGUGAGACAUAUAUUAUUAGUUUAGUUGUCCAAACAUAAUGAUUCCUUUAAAACAUCAGAGUUAAUGUACUAAUUUUAGAAUGUAAAACUAUUUUCAUAUUCAGAUUACACUUAGCUUAGCUGGUCCAAUAAAAAUUGCCACUCGAUGAGGUAAAUCUUUGGCUGGCCUCGAUAAAGAUACCCUAUUGAUAAGGGAUGUUAGCUAUAUGUGAGUUAAAGUUUUCCACAUUGUGAUCUAUCUACCAAACAUGUACUUUCUUACACACUAUAUUUGUUACCAUUAUUUCUAAGAUAGCCCGAUUUUCAUAUUUAAAUUACGCUGUUAAUUAUACAUAAUUCAAAUAGAUCUAUAACAUAAUAUGUAAGAAUCAAUAAUCUUUGAAUAUAUAUUGUUAACAUAGAAUAUAUGUGUACAUAUAAUCCUGACAAUAAGAUUUUAAUAAUUAUACUUUGUUGUUUUGUAAUAUAUUCGUGUUAGGUUUAAAGAAAUUUAUUCUCAUUAAAAACAAAAACAUACGCUUCACUUAAAUGACAAAUAAAAUAAUAUUAAAUAGAUAAAAACGUGUCAUAUUCCAUAUAUUUAUAAUGUUUGAAUUGAUUAAAUAUGACCUGAAGGUCUUCUUCUAGUAAUUUGUGUAAAAUUAAUAUUUUUGAUCUCUGUCAAAUUCAAUUCCAUCACCCAUAAUUUAAUUAAAAUGUUCAUUACAUUAUUAAUUUAUUGAGAUAAAAGUUUUUCUAAAAGAGCAUUAUAUACCGUCCGUCCAAAGUUCAUGUUUAGAAAAAUUAAGUUUUUCACAGACGAUUAAAUUUGAAAAAAAAAAUCUUCAAUUUUCACGUAAUUGUUUUUCGUGUUUCUUUUCUAUAAAAUAUUGAAGUUUUUAAUUUUUAUCAUAAACGUGCAAACGUGUUUAAUGAUAAGAGAUAUAUUGUGUCUGAUCAUAUCAUUACGAAAGUUAAUUUAACAUAAUAUCGAUUGCACAUGAAUGAAGCUGCACGAAACACCACAUUUAAUAAUACACACACACACAUACAAAUUGAUUUUGACAAUCAGUGAUAAUGUUGUGGGGCACGCGAAAUGCGAAACAGUUUUAAAGUCACAUCGUAAAAUUGUAUUAAUUUCUGCGUGUAAUGGAUAAUUUGGAGUGUAUUUUAAGUGUUAUGAAUAAUAAAGCGUUAUCUGUGAUUUAUUUGUAAUAUCGAUUUUUGAGAUGCAGUUCAAUCACAAUAAUGACAUUUAGCGUUUCAGAAAUCGAACUCGUUCACACUGCUAGCGUUUAUUACAUUUUGUGAAUAAGAGAAUUAAAAUAGUAAUUUCAUUGAAAUGUACUGUUUUAAAAAUACCUUUGGUUAAUUUUAAAUAAAGAGGGAUUUAUUAUUUUUAAGGCGAGUGUUAUCAAAUGGUAAUUAUAAGAUAAAUAAAAAUAUUUUUAAUUUA